AUGCAGACCUUUGGAGCUUUUCUUGUCUCCUUGCUCGUGGCGGGCACAACCGCUCUACCAGCUUCCAAUGCUGAUACCUUAUCAGUGAAAGUUGCUAGAAAUCCAGACUUCGUUCCUAAUGGUCCUCUCGCCCUGGCCAAAGCAUAUCUCAAAUAUGAUACUCCCAUGCCAAAAGAGUUGUCGGAUGUUCUUGACAAGUUGAACAUAAAUCUGAAGCGUGGCGACACCGGAACUGUCACGAACUUUCCCCAACCAGAUCAAUAUGAUCGCGAGUACCUUGCUGAAGUAGACAUUGGCACGCCACCUCAGAAGCUCUACCUGGACUUUGAUACCGGCUCCAGCGAUUUGUGGGUUUUCAGUACUGAGACUCCCAGCAAUGAGGUCAAGGGACAGACUCUCUGGAGUCCUGCAAAGAGCACUUCUGCCAAGAAGUUACAGGGAUACACCUGGAAGAUCAGCUAUGCCGACAAGAGCGGUUCCAGCGGGGAUGUCUACCAGGACGUCGUGAGCAUUGGCGGCUUGACCGUCAAGAACCAGGCAGUUGAGUCUGCUCAGCAAGUGUCAGCUCAGUUUACCAACAGCCCUCCCAAAUCAUCCGGACUUUUGGGCCUUGGUUUUGACAACAUCAAUCGUGUGAAGCCACAGAGUCAGAAGACAUGGUUCUCAAACAUCAAGUCAAGCUUGAAGGCUCCUCUGUUUACAUCUUACCUCAAGGCCGGUGCUGAGGGCACUUACAACUUUGGUUACAUUGACAGCAACCAAUACACCGGGAACAUCACUUACACCUCCGCGGAUGGUAGUCGCGGAUACUGGGGCUUCACGUCUACUGGAUACCAAGUCGGUUCGAGUGGAUUCCAGAGUGAGAGUAUCAAUGGAAUCGCCGACACAGGUACCAGCUUGCUCCUGUUGCCAAAUGAUGUUGUGCAGGCAUAUUGGUCCCAGGUCAACGGAGCUUACUACGACCAGAAUGCCCCAGGCUACAUCUUUACUUGCGGCACUUCUCUUCCUGAUUUCUCUUUUGGCAUUGAGAAUACAGCCAUCACUGUUCCCGGAAAGUACAUGAGCUACGGUUACGCGGACCCCGAUGCCAACACUUGCUAUGGAGGAAUCCAGAGCGAUAAUGGCGGCCUUACCAUCUUUGGUGAUGUUGGCCUGAAGGCUUCAUUCGUUGUUUAUGAUGCUGGCAACAUGCAGCUGGGUUGGGCUCAGGGUAAAUAA